AUGGCGACCUCGGCGGCGACCGCAGUCCAACAGGCGGCGACCAAGGCGCCGUUCAAGAUCGGCACAAAACAAGUCUUUCUGCCGAACCACGUCAUCGCCUUCAUCCGGCCCAAGCCCCGGCAGCCGCCCAACCUGGCGACCUUUGUCGUCCCCCUCACGUUCAACAAACUCGACCUGCGCGACUACUUGUACCAUGUCUACGGCGUCGAGGUGACUUCCGUACGCUCCUUCAUCAACCAACCCGCACCGCAGCGUAAGAAGUAUACGGGCCAGUGGUUUCGGCCGCGGGCACAAAAGAUGAUGAUUGCAGAGCUGGUCAAGCCAUUUGUGUGGCCUGAACCCCUGCCGGAGGAGGAGCGCGAUGCGUUUGAUUACAAGAUGUUCAGUCGCAUGGCAAAGUAUCGUAAGGAUAUGGAGAAGCAACUGUAUGAGAAGCCGGAUCCCAAGCUGCGCACGCAGAAGCCGGAGCCGGAACCGGUGGUUGGGUUGAAGCAACAGGUGAAGGAAAUCAUUGAAUCUGGGGAGUGGACGAACGAAAAGACGUUGAAUGUUAAGUGGUUGGACGCGCAAUGGAAAGAGGUAGAGAAGGAUAUCAAGUUUUAA